AUGCUCAUCCGCUGGCCUCUUGAUCGCCCGCCUCUCGUUCCGCCUCCCUCUACCUCGUCGCCCGCCGCAUCGCACGGCCCCGUCGCGCGCUCUUUGCAGCGGAGCCUCGCGACCGCUGCGACGGGCUCCGCUGCGGCGAGCACCACACGUCGCACGGCCGCGUGCGCCUUGCGGUCUGCGCGUGCCCCCGCCGCUCCUUUUCCUCGCUACUAUUGCGGCUUUUCGCCACUGCCUGCCUGCGGUGCGGCCGCGUCCCCCGUUUACGUCGCGCGGACGUUCUCAGCGGCGGGGGAGGGGGUCGGGAGGGGGAAUGGCGGCGCGCGGGGUUUCGCCGGGAGCGCCGUGCUGCGCGGUGGGGAGGCCGGCGGGGCCAGCGAGAUGGGGGCCGUGAAGGGCACGGGCGCAGCGGGCGCGAGGGGAGGGGCGGAUGGACCAGCGAGGCAGGGGGUCGUGGCGCAGGCGAGGUGGGGCGGCGCGGAGGGGGCGGAGGGGGCGGCGGCGGGGGGCCGCGCGGUGGUGCUGUGGGAUCUGGACAACGUGCAGCCCGAGCGCAUGGAGCCCUUCGACGCCGCCGCGCGCCUCAGAGACCUGGCGGCGAGCUUCGGGUCGCCCGUGGACGUGCUGGCGUACGCCAACCGCCACGCCUUCGAGCACGUGCCCGCCUGGGUGCGCGAGCAGCGGAGGGAGCGCCGCGAGGCAGUGCGCAUGGCGGCGCGCGGGGAGGCGGAGGAGCGGGAGGUGCGGUGCGAGCUGUGCGGACGGCGGUGCAGCGGGGCGGCAGCGCUGAGGAAGCACUUUGUGUCGCUGCACCAGCGCGAGCAUGAGAAGCGCAUGCAGCACCUCAACCACGCCAGCCCCAAUCCCACGGUGCCCGCACCCUUGUCUCACGUAUGUGCGCCCUUCCUUUUCCCCAUCGCCCAUGUGCCAUGCGAGCAGGCGGAAGCGGCGGCUGAGGGAGGUGUAUCGAGAGAAGCAGCAGCGGUACCAGCAGGCGGUGAGGGGCGUGCUGCUGCCUCGCCGCGGCUACGGGCUCAUGCCUGA